GAGGAGGGUGAGUGGAGAGCUCUGGACUCAGGAGUUAUUCGGACCAGAAGAGUUCACAGCAGAACCCACAGUGGAUCCUCUCUUAAAUAAACUGAAUUAAACAACGCUUUUGAGUGGAUACGUUGAAAAUACGGACUUUUGGCUUAACUUUGGACCAGUUCUACAUUAUGAAAUCUUACUUUUACUGCAGCUGUAUAUCUUUAGGGACACACAUCCUGCAAACCUUCUUACUCUGCUGCGAUGUUCAGGGAAAAUCAAGUCAUUAAAAAAGGGCUGAAAUGUGAUGGCUGCAGAAACACUGCCAGGUUGAGCAGUUCCUCUAUACCAGUGCAGUGACGCCCUCUGCUGUGUGGCUGGGGAAAGUUCAGAAUUGGGAAAGCCAGGAUGGGGAACCUGAUCAAGGAAGGGAUGAACACCAUCAUUGUUAAGCACUAUAACCACUCAGGGAAGUGGGACCGGCCUCGAGGUGUGGGCACCUGCAAGACAGUGGUUCUGCUCUUUAUCUGCGUGCUCAUUGUUUUGGAGAACAUCACCGUUCUGCUUGCUCUCUGGAGGAACAAGCGUUUCCACAGUCGUAUGUACUUGCUCAUUGGCAACUUGGCGCUGUCUGACCUCCUGGCUGGUGUGGCCUAUGUAGUCAACAUCUUUACUUCAGGGAGUAAGACGUAUUACUUGACGCCGGCACAGUGGCUGGCCAGAGAAGGGAGCAUGUUUGUGGCCCUCAGCGCCUCCACUUUCAGCCUUCUGGCUAUCGGCAUUGAGAGGCACAUGACCAUGGUGCGCCUGCGGCCCUGUGAAACAGCCGGUCGAGGGAGACUACUGGCUCUGCUGGCAGCCUGUUGGGUUGUAUCAGUACUCCUUAGUGCCCUCCCAAGUCUAGGCUGGAACUGCCUGAAAGAUCUGUCUUCCUGCUCUACAGUGCUGCCUUUGUAUGCUAAGAGUUACAUUGCCUUCUGCAUUAGUGUAUUUAGUGCACUUUUGGUUGCUAUCAUCAUCCUCUACAUCAAGAUUUAUCGCCUGGUGACCUCCAGCGGCCGUAGGGUGAGCAGCCGGCCCUCAGAGUGCUCUCUGGCACUUCUGCGGACGGUUGUGAUUGUUCUUGGACUGUUUGUAAUGUGCUGGGCCCCCUUAUUCUUCCUCCUCCUGCUCGAUGUUGGUUGCAGUCCGGAUAAGUGCCCGGUCCUGUACGAGGUGGACUGGUUCAUCGCCCUGGCCGUGCUUAACUCUGCUCUUAACCCUCUGAUAUAUACCCUGUCCAGCAGGGAAAUGAGAUCAGCAUUUUUUCGAUUGCUGUGCUGCUCUAACACCAGUAUGGAACAAUCUGGGAUACCUGCAGCAGGUCAUCCAAACUUAGGAACAAUUAUUCCCACAGUGGAAAACAGCAAGUCCAGUGUGGGCGGAGGCAGUGGGGCUGGCAAACCAGCACUAAACAGAGGGAAGAUUCCCAUACCUGCAAACUCUGAAAAUAAGAAUGCAGAUCCUUCUCCCACUGCAGUGAUUCACACAACUGGUCCGACAGACCUGUUCUCAGCUGUGCUUGUAAAGGCAGGAGCGCUGCCAUCCCUCAGCAAAUUCUGAGUGGAAUCACCUAAAAAAUAGAUUAGUAUCAGACAUUGUCUUUUUAUUAGCCACUUUUUGUUUGUGCACUAUGGCUCAUGUAGCUCAGACACAUACUUCAAAAAGAAGAAUUUAAGAUUUCCUUCUAAAUCCUUUGAGUCCAUUACUAACACUUAUGGUUACAUAACAGUGUUUGAAAUCUGUCUGAUUUUCUCAGUGGCAUUUAUAACCAUGAGAUACAACAGGACAGUGUAUGCUGCAAUGAAAUCUCUUUACCAUGCUAACUGAACAGGCUUCACAUUUCAAUUACUCUAAAUAAUGUGUUUGUUAGUAUAUUUAUUUGGUUUUCAUUUCCUCAAAAGUUACCAAUAUUCCGAUCUUUGCACUUUGACAUGAUGUUUUUUUUUAUUUUUUUUU